AUGGCGGACCACCAUCAUCCCGAAAACAAUGGUAACCCUCUAUCAACACCUUUUGACGAAGAACACACCCAAUAUCAGAAUGGAAAUAUCUCUGCUGAUAUUAAUAACAACAAUGAUUUAGUUUAUCAAAGAUUACACACAGACUUUGGCGGUGGUGCUGAUAUAUACACAAGAAUGCAUCCUGAUGUUUACCCUCACCAUGAUAAUCAAUACAAUGUAAGUUCUUACUCGCAACCGCCAAAUGAGAUCGUGGAUCGCGAAGUUGUCAUUGAAGAAAGUCCAAACCAAAGAUAUGCUAAGUUGAAUACAAUUUUAGGAAAGGGCGCUUAUAAAGUUGUAUAUAAAGCUAUAGAUCGUGAAGAAGGUUAUGAAGUCGCGUGGAACUGCUUUCAAACCACAAGAGCAGAAUUCAAUGACUUGAGCCAAGAAAUUAAAAUAUUAAAACAAGUUCGACAUCCUAAUAUUAUUAAUUUUCAUGAUUGUUGGUACAAAGAUGCUGAGUUUAUUUUUGUUACAGAAUUAAUGACUUCAGGGACGUUGCGGGAGUGA